AUGUAUAUCGGAUUACAGUAUUCAUAUGCAAACAAUACGAAAUUGGCGUUGGAUUUUUUGAAUGAUGCAGCCAUAAGUUCGGGUGAAAAUGCACUUGUUCUUCAUGAGCAGGGAUGCAUUCAUUACAUGAUGAAACAGUGGGAAAGUGCUGAAGAACACUUCACAAGAGCAUUGAAGUUGGCCUAUGGUUUAACGGAUGCUGAUGAAGUAUGCGACAUUAUGGAGUUACUUUGGAAACCAAUCAGUCAAUUUUGGGAGCCAUUACUCAACAAUUUAGGGCAUACGAAACGAAAACUUGGAAAAUAUUUGGACGCUGUUAAAUUUCAUCAGAAAGCAAUAGUAUUACGUCCGCAGAAAGCAAGUACAAUUGGAGCUAUGGCCGUGGCGUUUGCAUCAGCGGGUCGGGUCGACGAAGCAGCGAUUCAAUUCCAUAAUGCGCUCUCUCUUUCACCUCACGAUCAGGUUGGGGUUUGCCUUUCUAAAUUGAUACCUUUAACUCUAUUUCGACUACUUUCGUUGAAAAAAUGUGCGGAGUGUAAUUUCGCUUCGAAUUCUAUCGUAAAUCACUGGAAUGUUUUUAAAUAA